GGCAGCGGCCACCUGCAGGGAGUUGGCGAGCCAAAGCAACGGGACAGAAGGACAAAAAAGCAGAGGGCAGAGUGCCACCGCGAAGUGGGGACACCAAGGAGAAGUUCCAGGGUCCCGGAGAGGAUUUUUUCUUAGAGCUCGGCCAGACAGACCAAAGCGGUCCGGGACGCAGCGCCCCGACCCUGAGCUGGUCGUCUGGUCCUCUCUUCCCGCGCGGGAGCGACUCGGGGACUCAAGGCCGCCCGCUGAGCCGGUUCCCUCUGGCAGCCAACAUUGAUUUCCUCCGGGCGGAGGCCGACGUCCCCGGUGGCGGCGGCGGCGGGCUGCAGCCGCGGCACGGCGACAGCAUGUCCAAGCCGGUGGACCACGUCAAGCGGCCCAUGAACGCCUUCAUGGUGUGGUCGCGGGCUCAGCGGCGUAAGAUGGCCCAGGAGAACCCUAAGAUGCACAACUCGGAGAUCAGCAAGCGCCUGGGCGCCGAGUGGAAGCUGCUCACCGAGUCGGAGAAGCGGCCGUUCAUCGACGAGGCGAAGCGCCUGCGAGCCAUGCACAUGAAGGAGCAUCCCGACUACAAGUACCGGCCACGGCGCAAGCCCAAGACGCUGCUCAAAAAGGACAAGUUCGCCUUCCCGGUGCCCUAUGGCCUGGGCAGCGUGGCGGACGCCGAGCACCCGGCGCUCAAGGCGGGAGCCGGGCUGCACGCGGGCGCGGGCGGCGGCCUGGUCCCCGAGUCUCUGCUCGCGAACCCCGAGAAGGCGGCCGCUGCCGCUGCCGCCGCCGCCGCCGGCAGCCCCUACUCACUGCUCGACCUGGGCUCCAAGAUGGCAGAGAUCUCGUCGUCGUCGUCCGGCCUGCCGUACGCGUCGUCGCUGGGGUACCCCACGGCUGGUGCGGGCGCCUUCCACGGGGCGGCCGCGGCGGCUGCAGCAGCCGCGGCGGCCGCCGGGGGGCACACGCACUCGCACCCCAGCCCGGGCAACCCCGGCUACAUGAUCCCGUGCAACUGCAGCGCUUGGCCCAGCCCGGGGCUGCAGCCUCCGCUCGCCUACAUCCUGCUGCCAGGCAUGGGCAAGCCUCAGCUGGACCCCUACCCCGCGGCCUACGCGGCCGCGCUAUGACCCUGAGGGGACCUGUGCACACACGUGUACAUAUGUAUAGGUUCGAGACUCGCGGCCUUCCUCUGCUCCCUCCGGCAACUGGGGGCCUGGUUUGUAUGUACAUAGAUGUAUAGGUGUCGGGUAGAGGCGGAGUUGCCAGUCCGGGCUUGAAAGGCCGAGCCUUCGAGGGCGCGGGCAAGAGUGUGUGUGGAUUCGCAGCACCAUUCCCCAGCCUCCGCACUUCUGCAGCCAACUUUAAAAGAGAGGGGUUGUUAACACCCGCAGUUGGUGUUUGCUUUGCACUUCGGAACCUGUUGCGUUUUGACCCACAGAGGUGGGGGGCUUUCCAACCCGCACGUUGUCCUUUCCAGUUUUGUUGGUUGGAUUUUGCUUUUUGCGUCUCAUCCUCUCUCCCUCUCGGUCCCACUUGGUCCGUGUUGCAUGUGCUCGGUUCUGAUGUUUGGCCUGAAAUAGCUGGCCAAGGGGAGAGCCGGUGACUCGUGUCCUUAGCUUCUUAGAGUAGGGUGGCUCUGGGGAGCCUUACUCUCUUUUGUACUGAUGAAUUCUGCAGGCCUCUGCAGAACACAGCCCGGACCUCUUCUUGACCAGUCAAUGACCAGCUCGAAUCCCGCCUGUGUAUGAGAAAUGACCGUCCGCCGUUCCUUUUGUUUCAUUCCAUGUGCAAAUCAAAGCAAGAUCUUUUUGUUUUUUCUUCUACUUCUUUCCCAAGAACAAGAAAUGCAAAGAAAUACAUGUGAAGUGGAAGUUGUCAGUUCGAUAUUCUACCCCUGAAAUAUCAACUAGAAGUCUGAGUCUGCUGGCUUGGACUUGUGACGCAGUUUACGAACGUGUGGAAAGUACACAAGCUAUUUCCCCUCAAGGCUGAGUUCACCUUAAGAUUGUAAAUGUGUGUAUGUCAGUGAAAACGUUGAGUCUCGGGAAAUGUGUUAUUUUCGUUGCCAGAAAUUUGAGUCGGUUUGAGACUCAAUACUUGUUGAGAAAAUGUCAAAGUUAACUUUUAAGAAUUGCGGAACUUUCAGAAUCGCAAUUUUAUCUAAUAUUAAAUCAGACUUUUUUGUCUGGGCCGUAAUUAUAUAUUUAUUACUUAGCAAAACUGGAAAAUAAACAGAAAGCACAGAAUUGUUUUUGAAAGAUGCCUCUCACCAACUAGUACUCCUCUCCCAGGGUGAACGGUUUUUCAGAGCUCCCUUCCCAUUUAGCUUAUUUUCUAGACAGCCUGCAAUUCACUUGCAAAUUAUAAAACACAUUUUAGAAAAAAAAACCUUCCUCAAAUUAUAUAGCUUUUUGUUCCCUUUUAAAUGUAUAUAUUUUGACUAAUGUUUGUGAAUGAAGUUGCUAACAUGUAUUCAGUUUCGUUUUGGCUUUAUGUAAGAUAAAGUUUUAAAAGUUUAAAUAUUGGUUUUAACUUUUAUGUGUAAAUGGUUUUCUUGUUCGAUCUUCUAAUUUAAUAUUAGAUGCCUCUAAGCUAUAUCUGUAAAUUAGAACCCUACUAUCACUCUGUUCAUUUUUUUUGAACAAAGAGUUUAAAUAAAGCCUGAA